AUGACUGCCCUCGCCAAUUUUCUGCCCAACAACGCUAUCCCUGUCCACACCGGCGCGCCGCCGGCAGAAGACCCCUCCAGCUCGACGCAAGUCAAUAACGCUGGAAUGGAAGUCGACAGCGAUAGCGACAGCGGUUACGACGGCAACAGCGCAGCUGAGUCCAGUAGCGACGACGACGACGACGCCACGAAAACGUCGGAACCUCGCAACACGACGAACGAAGCCGACGACGACGACGACGACGAAGACGACACUAAGAUGGAAUAUGACGAAGCUGACGACGAAUGCGAUAGAACCGCGCCAUCGCAAGAACCGUGGCCAACGCCUCGGGAAGCAGCCAAGGUCUCCAAGAAGGCGGCCAAAGCAGCGCGGCAACAAGCAAACAAACCCGAACAGGCUACUACCGCGACACCGACACCAACCACUGAGCCUCGGAGCUACGCUUCGGCAGUGGGCGGGAACAAGCGAACGUCUCGCAAGCGGGAUGUCGGCUUUCACCCAUUGUCGGAGGUGGACCUUGCCACUCUCCUAGAGAAAUCGAUAUCAGGCACGUGGACGUACAGCGCAGUAGUGGACCUUGAUCCAACACCGCGCCUCGAAACGGUCGGACACUUACUGAUGCACAUCAACGUUGACAAGAUUCGCGAUCAGCCGCCGCCGAACUGGAAGUUCGUCUUGCAAGAACAGCCAGCCAUCGAAACCUAG